GUAACCUAAAUUUGUAAAUAAUUUGUAUAAGCAUAAAAGUAAACAUAAAGAAAGUCAAAAUGAAGUUUCUUACCGUUUUAAUUUUGAUGCAAGCGAUAAAAAUUAGAGCAGAGACGCUGGACGUUAAAGCUGGCAUGUUACGAUCACCAACAGCAACAGAAUGCGGCCAGGCCGAUGGACAGAGCUUUGUUAAAACUUGGACGUUUUUACUUUUUUCGAAAUCAUCGUCACUAUAUCUUACUUUUCCAAGUUUCAGGCUUACUGACUGCUCCAAGGAGUAUUUGGUUAUUGAAAGCACAAAAAUCGAAGUAUUUUGCGAAAAUACCAAGCCAUGUUCAUCUCUGUAUACACGACAUUCUGUAAACGUCACUUAUGUUUCAAACACCAAGCUUUGCCAGGGGUUAUUUUCUGUUUACUUCAACAUUAUCGAUUUGGUGUUAAAAGUCUCAGACAGUCAUGUCAUAACUGGACAAAAGCUUGAUUAUUCGGUUACUUUGACCAAUUUGCCAGAAGCACGACCAACGUUUUCAUGCGCACUGUAUUUCGGAGACCAAUCGCACGUUAUAUUAAGCACAUACUACGCGGCUGUUCAGCAUGCCUACACACUACCGGGAAAACGCCACAUAAUCUGUCAUUGCAGCACCGACAUACAGCCAAUGGAGUUUAUGAGCGCAUCGAUGGAAGUCAGUGUAGAAAGCAUUCUGACAAAAAGAAGUUUGGCUCUAUAUUUCGAUUCCUUAAAGUUUUCUUUCGGAGGUCCAAUAACGAUCACUCUGCGACAUAAAUAUCUGUUCCCUAUUUUGUACCAGUUACGAAUCGGAACAGUUGUUCUUUCCGAAGACACAGGCAACUUUAAUGCGAAAAAGUACAUUUCAAAAUCUGAGCAUCAAACACAGUUUACUUUAGAUCAGGCGGCAAUCGAACGUCUCGGACCCGGAGACCACCGACUGGUAUUGGACUUAAUAAACAGCGUAUCGUCAUUAAGACACGAGACGGAAAUUAUCAUAACCAAAGCUUUGGUAGGCUUACAGGUUUCAACGAACCCAUUCGUUGGAGUCUGGCCAUAUAAUUUUACAGCAAACAUUACUAUACUAGAAGGAGCACCUGCACGUAUAACAACAGAUGUUUUGACAUAUCCUGCCAAUGCAUUAGUUGGGACAGUCGACACAAUGUGUUUCAAUGCGUUUCAGUGCCAUUCCUCUAAGGUUGAAACUUCCGUUUCUACAUCAAUGCAGCAAUAUCAACUACGAGUUACUGCAGUUAACGACUUGUCUACAGUCACUUUUAUAUCAGAUUCUUUCCGAGCUGCCCCUAAAAUUAUUGAUAUAAAAAUUGUUUUACGAACACAGCACAUCGCCUCAGGCAUACCAGCAAGUAUUGAUUUUUACGUCCGUGGAAAUCCAGGGAAAUAUCAGUUAUGUUACGCCUAUGAAGGAAAGAGCAUUGAAAGCAAACUUGUACUUUCCGAAAAUGCACCUACCAAUGAAGUAUAUCCAAAUGUACCGUUUGACUCCACUCAGUAUCACAGGUUGGAAAAGAAAAUUACUUUCAGCGACGGAGGUUACCAUGUACUGACGGUGUCGGUAAAGAACAAGGUUCAGCAAUCGUUUUAUUUUAAGAAAAGUUUUCAAGUGAAAAGAUCUUCUUCAUGUUUAAGUGUAGACAUUGAUGAUGGCAGAAAAUUUGAGAGCAAUUUUGCCAUUCAGAUAUCUUCAAAUUUCGCAAUAGGUACAAAUGUGGAAAUUACAUGCAACGAGUAUUCUGAAGUUAAAUAUUUAUGGAAAGCUUACAAAACAACAUCGAAUUUGGACGAACCAAGCCCAGAUAACCUGGUUGCUUUAAAUGGGAAGGUUUCUAAUCCGGAAAUUGUGCUCAUGCCAGGUGACUACGAACCUGGGUUUUAUGCAAUAACACUUGCUGUGACAGUGCAUGCGUUUAAUGGGGACGUAAUUGAACGGGAAGAGGACUUGACACGGAUUGAAAUAAUCAGACCGACCGCAGAAGCAAAGAUAAAGGGCGGAGUCAGACGCGAAAUAGGGAACUUUUCCGAAGUAUUACUAGAAGCAACGGUUGUGACAAAAACUGCAAACAUUAUUCUUUCCUACCAAUGGUUGUGUGCAACCUCUAAAGAUGACUUGCCCGACGAUCCAGAACUUGGAAGGAUUAACAGAAAAGGGUCGUGUUUUGGUACGAAUCCUUUGUCUAUCGGAAUAGGAAAUCCUUUAAAAGUGACGAAAUUUGAACCAAGUUCUCACUAUUUCAUCCGAUUGUUUGUAUCAGGAAGCAAUCUUAACACUGCGUACACGGAUCAAAAGAUUGUAACUUUGUCUUCGCAGCAUCCGCAAUUAGACUUGCAGUGCUUAUCAAACUGUCACUGGAAAGUUGCUUCUCAGCGAGCAAUCAUACUUCAAGCAGAAUGCAGCGAAUGUGUGAGGCACACUUGGGCUUUAAAUUCUGAAGUGUAUACUUUGUGUGAGGAUCAAAGCACAUGCAAAAUACCAGUGGCAAGGAUCGCAGCAAGCAGAUCUGGAACUCAAACCAUCGAGACAACUGGAGUAAACAGUCUGGGAAACCAAGCAACGGCAAUGUACAACUUUGAAAUAAAGACAGCCCCGAGUGAUGGCUCAUGUAAUAUAUCCCCGACAACCGGCACUGCCUUCGUAACGAUGUUCACUGUAAAAUGUCAGGGAUUUUUAGAGAGCACAGAUCGAAUAAAGUAUAAGUUCACAGUUAAAACCAAAAAAUUAGGAGAGUAUCUGGCACAGAGCGGUUAUGACAAUACUUUGGAAGAUGUUACUUUGCCCAAAGGCGAUCUACCGCAUAAUGAAGUUGCAAUACUGGUGGAUGUAUGCGAUGGGGAAUCGUGCAGCAGAUACACGCUUAAAGCUGAAGUGGUAAAAAGCACAGCAGUAUCAACAGUACCGUUUGCACUCUUUGCUGAAAUCGACAAUGCUCUUAAAAGUAAGAAUCUUGAAAACUUAGUGCAGCUCGUUGUGCCAGUGUCUUCGACUGACGUGAUUACAGCAACAAAGAGAAAUACGAUCAUUUCUGCGAUGAAAGACGCUGAUGUGGUUUCUGUCGAAAAAAGUCAGCAAAUCAGCGACUUGUUGGAUCACGUUACAAAUCAUCCAUCUGAUAUCUCAUCAGACAGCUCGGAUAUCGCGUGGAACAAACUUUCUGAAGUAAAAGACUUUGUUGAGGACUUGUCUUCUGAAGCGGAUAUUGCUCCAAUCGUGACGUCUUCUGUAGGCACCAUCGCAAAUUUAAUGCAGUCGCCCAAUUUCACAAAAUCGAAGGUCGAGGAAACAUCUCAGAUUAAUGAAUUCGGAAGACUCAUGUUGAACGAGAUUGCUCCUGGGGAUCCUCCUAUGAGCUUUGAAACGUCAGCAACAAAAACUACUUUAAUGAAAUUAAAUUCAAACUCCAUGGAUCGUCUUAGGAAUGUUUACGCUGAAGUGCAGGUCCCGGAUCUAUCGCCAAGUGCUGAUGUUCUCAACCUCGAGAUUGAUAAAUACAACACGAAGAAAAUUAACUUUGACACCGGCGAUCGUAGCGUGGAUCAUGUCACUGCCAUCUCUUUGACUGAAGGAAUUGAGGAUCCGGAUCCGAUUCUUUCCGGAAAUUUCCGAAGUGUUCCGAUCAAAUUUCAAGUAUCACGCAAACCAAGUGGCUCGCAAAUAACCCUCGCUCCAACACCAGAUUGCAAUGCAACUUUAUGUAAAGACAUGACUGGGACAGUAACCCACCAUAAACAAUCAAGCGGCCCCGAAAACCUGCAGGCAGCCUUCGUUAUCGUCGAUGUAAAAGCGGCGAACGCUAACACUACCAAAAUUAAAAUCGUUGUUUCAGACGAAGCAUCUGAAAAUUUCACUAUUUCAAAAAUCUUUCACGAUUGGCAAGCAACGUGGCCAAUUUCCUACCCAGUAAUCCCAAUACAUGUGAAGAAGUUGAGGAUCAGCGUGACUGUGUCAUUUGCUGAACCACUUAACAUACAAAGUGAACCAGUUACAGUCCAAUUAGCUGUAUAUUUGGUUAACUGCAUGUACUGGGAUGAUUUCGUAAAUAACUGGAACGAUAUUGGAUGUAAGCCCAACGUGAGUCGAGAAUUGCCAAACGUUAUGUGUGAAUGCAACGCCUCAGAACCAACGAAGAUUGGAAGAAGUGGUGGCAUAACAAAAAAACCUGCUCUGUUUGCAUCAAGGCUAAUUGUUUACCCUCACAGCAUAGCUUAUGACGAGCUUUCUUGGAAUUUGUGGACUGAGUUUAUGGAAAAUCCGAUCAUUGGUGGUGUUCUUGUCACCCUUUUCUCGACUUAUUUUACACUUCUCUGGUUCGCUUUUAAAAGUGACCAAAACAUGUUGACCGAGAAAUCAUAUAUCAAUGUUUCAUCUAAUUCCAAAUCCGAUAACUACCGGUAUUUCGUUACAAUUUAUACUGGGAACGCUCCGAAAGCAGGGUCAAGUGGAAUUGUUGCUUUUACGUUGUUCGGUUCUGAUGGUAUGGGAAAGCCACAUGUGUUACAGAAAAGAGGAGAAACGGUGUUCACUCGAAGUAGUGUGCGAUCGUUUCUUAUAAAGUCUAAAGAAAGUCUUGGCGCAAUCAUUGCUAUUAGUGUCCUGCGAUGCCGAGAUGAAAAUACAAGAAAAUGGUAUCUACAACGAAUGGUGGUUAGAGACUUGGAGACCGAUCACUGCUGUUUCUUUCUCUGUAACUGCUGGAUUGGAGAAGACGAAGAACAUUUCUUUAGAGUGGCCGUUGCUCAGGAGCUGCAGUCAUUUUCCCAACUAUUUCGUCUUGCUAGCGAAAACUUUUGUCGCGACAGACAUACUUGGCUCACUGUUCCGGGAAUGAGGCCAUGGCAUCAGUACAUUAUGACCCGCGUUCAGCGCUUAACGGUGUGCUACCAUUUAGUUUUUCUUCUUGCCCUAACCACGCUUAUGUUCUACGACAAAUCGUCAGAGGAUCAAGCUUUUGUAUUGCAAGCUGGAACUUUGUCUGUCUCAUGGUCAACCAUUGCAAUUGGACUAGAAAGUGGUCUUCUGUGUCUUCCAAUGACUGUGUUAGUGACAAGUUUGUUUCGGCUAUCAAGACCUUGGGCGGAAGAUAAAGCUGCCGGAAAAGAGAGCGGUACUGAUUCCAAACAAACCCGAAGCAGUAAAAAACAAUUUUCCACCUUGCACAUAAGUGACGAAAAAUCGCAAUAUGCCAUGAAGAAAAGGUCCUCUGUCAUUCGAAGG